AUGAGCAAUGGUUGCGGGGCGGGACUAAGUUUUUUGUGCCUGUCGCUUUCCGUCGUGUUGCAAAUCGAACUGCAAAAGAUCGAACGUGUUAAUUUCCAGUAUUUUGUGCUCGCCGUGGCUCCCUAUGCUGUCGAGAAGAUCACGUCGACAGUGCCAUCCUUCUCAUCCGGCAGGCCUCGAAUUCUUGUCCCUGAGAAGCUCUGCUCGGACGGUCUCGCCAUACUCCAGGACAAGUACGAUGUGGAUAACCGCGCCAGACCGUCCCCCAAAGACCUCGUCGACAUCAUACCAAACCACCACGCGCUGAUUGUGCGAUCGGAGACAAACGUGAAUGCGGCUGUGCUGGCAGCUGGGAAAAAGCUCCGCGUCGUGGCGCGAGCUGACGUGGGCGUGGACAACAUUGACGUGGCCGAGAUCCUCGACGGCGGACUGCUGACGGCGGCCGUCAACGCGCCGCUGAUCAUGCCAGAAGAGUACCGCAAGCUGCAACCAUUUGUACGGCUCAUCGAGAAGAUGGGCGGGCUGUACACGCAGCAUUUCGUUAGCGGCAGAGGCGGCAUGAUCGAGGGUCGAAAGUUUGAGCUCAUCUACCAGGGCGACCUGGCAGGCACCACAAACACGAGGCCUCUGUUUGCCGCUCUGGUGAAGGGUCUCUUCUCGUCCAUCAGCGACUCUGGAGGACGAGACGUCAACAUUGUGAACGCCAGCCUGACGGCGAAACAAAAGGGCAUCAUCAUCAGCGAGACGCAUAGCGGAGAGGUGAAGAACGCCAUGUACGCCAGCCUGGUGACGCUCCGAUCCGACGGCGAGGACGACGAACAGGUAGUAAGCCUGGACGGAGAGGAGAAGAGGGCGGAAGGGGGCAACGAAGCCCUCAUGAUUCUGGGUGUCAAGGGAGAGAUUGGAGGCGAAGUGGUGAAGGACUUGAAGAAAUCUGAAAGUGUUCUGAACAUCAACUUCGAUAACUUCCUGCGAGGUUUCCGUAAAUGCACGACCACACGGAUGUGGCGCUGUGGUUUUAGUUCAUCGAGUGAAGGUCAACGUGACCUCCUGGUGGGCGCAGGGUCCGUUGCGACGACUCGUGGACGUUUGUCUACCUGA